AUUUGUGGAACAGGAAUCAUAAACAAAUGUCUUUAAAAUAUUUGCUAAUGUGUUGCCUACUACAACAGGUAGUAUCGCAGGAAAUGAAAGAUAACUGUAAAUUUGCUCAUGACAUUUUGGAGAGCUCGGUACAGAAUCUUCAGACGUCUAAAGAGAAUUGCGAUCAAAUUUUCGGACAAUGUUUUAGUGAAGACAGCGAUAAUGCCCAAAAUGGAAAAUGUAUUGAAGAACAUAAUGACUGUAUAAAUAUGGUAUUAUAUCAAUAUCAAGAUUCUAUUAAAGAAUCCGAUUAUGCCAUGCAACUUUUUACUGAGUCUCUUAGUAAUUCAGAUGGUACUUGCCAUGCAGUAUGUAAAUAUAACUUAGUUUUUAUGAAACUGGUCGAAAAAAGUAUGCUCUGCGGAUUAUAUAGUUUCUAAAAAUAUUAAUUAAAAAAUCAUAAAAAAAUACAUAUUACUGAUACUUUACUUAUCGCAAUAUCAAA